UCAGGUCUGUACAAAAUUGGAGAUCCAAAUAGAAGGUGACGAAAUUUAAUUUUACAAAUUUAAUUUUUAAUAAAAAUAAAAUAAAGGAAUAAAAUUGUAAAGUUUAAUUCUAAAGCACUUGAAAGAACCGUUGAUUACAAAUAAAUAUUUUUUCUAUUUAUAAUUACGCAAAAACAUUCAUCUUAUAUUAAGAAGGAAUGUCAUCUGCCCUAUUACGACUCAGAGUUUUUAAUGGAAUUUCCUCACUCAGCAAGCGACAAAAUUUAAAGAAUUAUUCAACACUCAAGCAAAAAUGGAUUCCUUUAGCCAGUAACAAACAACCAUAUAGGAAUUAUGCUUCUAGCCCAACCGCAGAAAGUACAGAUAAGACGAAAAAAAUUUCCCAGGAAGAUGAAAAAGAUAUUUUAUUAAAACUAAAGGAGUCAUUCGAAAUAGACGAGCAAAAUGGUGAAGUCAUUCCGACAUUUAAAAAAGCAUUAUUAUACGGACACAAAAUUGCAAUCAAAGAUGCUGUAGGAGAGCACAGUUAUCUGAAAUUAUAUCUGGGGGCUAAAAAAUUGGCAUCACAAAUUUCGAAUUAUUGUGGAACCGCUUCAAAUUCUUCUGUUGCAUUUUUAUGCCCGAAUGAUGCGCUAUAUCCUUUAGUUCAAUGGGCAUGCUGGUUUUCAGGGCAGGUUGCCGUGCCACUAAGCGGCCGUCAUCCAAAAGAACUACUGAAAUAUUUUAUAAACGACAGUGAGACUAAAAUGAUAAUAACAUCGUCUGAGUAUGAGGAUAUAUUGAAACCAAUUGCUGAUAGUUUGGAAAAAAUGUUAAUUGUAAUCGACCAUUCAUAUAUUCCAGAUAUCGAAAAUGAUAUCUCAUAUUUAGAUCCAAAAAUGGAAAAUAUACUGCAAUUAAAAUCUCAAAUUCAUCUUGAGGGAGCCUUAAACAAUGAUUUCUAUACCAAAUCAAAUGCCAUGAUUUUAUACACAUCAGGUACAACUGGUAAACCUAAAGGAGUUGUUCUUACUCACAAAAACUUAACAGCACAAGUAAAUUCUUUAAUAAAUGCUUGGAAGUUUAAUGAGAAAGAUUGUGUACUGCAUGUGCUACCCCUUAAUCAUAUACAUGGUUGUGUAAACGGACUCAUGUGUCCAUUAAACGUCGGUUCUAAAAUAAUAAUGCACGAGAAAUAUGACAGCCACAACGUAUGGAGUGCUUUAUUAAGCAUUAACACACCAACAAAAGAUAGAGUAAACUUAUUUAUGGCUGUUCCAACCAUUUACAGUUUUUUGAUUGAAGAAUAUGACAAAAUAUUUGCAAAAAAUUCUAAAAUGGUAGAAUAUAUUGAAAAUCAUUGUAAGAAAAAUAUUAGACUAAUGGUUUCCGGUUCAGCACCUCUUCCAAUAACAGUUUUCAACAGAUGGUACGACAUAUCAGGACAUAAAUUACUUGAGCGAUAUGGCAUGACUGAAGUUGGUAUGGCAUUAAGCAAUCCUUAUUUUGAAGAUAAAGCUGAGGGAAGCAGAAUCAGAAGGCCAGGAACAGUUGGCUUGCCAUUACCAGAUGUUGAAGUUCGUUUGGUUGACUCAGAUAAAUCAGUUUUACUUACUGAAAAAGGAGAGAAAAAUAAAGGUUAUUGGCAGCCUGAAAAUCAACCAUUAAUCAAAGGAAAAAUUGAAACAAAUGAAAAACCUAUAAUUGGGGAACUUGAGAUAAAAGGUCCAACAGUUUUCAAAGAAUAUUUUAACCGACCUGAGGAGACUAAAAAGGAAAUGGUCGAUGGAUAUUUUCGUACAGGAGACAUAGCAUGCUACGAAAAUGGAGUUUUCAAAAUGAUGGGACGAUCUAACGUUGAUAUAAUUAAGACUGCUGGUUACAGAGUUUCUGCUUUAGAAAUUGAAACACAUUUAUUGAAUCAUCCGAAUAUUAAGGAUGUUACCGUUGUUGGGGUUGAUGAUGAUAAAUUUGGUCAAAAAAUUGCAGCUGUUUGUGUUCUUCGAGAUAAUAAUGAAGAACUAGGGCUAGAAAAUAUGAGAGCAUUUUGUUCAGAGCGUUUACCAUCGUACCAAAUGCCCACUAUAUUAAAAAUUAUACACGAAAUCCCACGUAAUAAUAUGGGUAAAGUGAACAAAAAAGAUGUUUUAAAGCAAUUAUUUUGCCAAGAAACCGAACAGAAAACGGAAUAAAAUUAACAAUUUUUCUUUCGAAAAUUAUUAUUAACUUCGGAUUUAACUAAUGAAAAAAUUAUGAAAAUCAAAUAACAUUGGAAAUUGAAAGCUAAUAAUAAUUCACUGUGAUGAUAUGUUAAACAGUUAUUAUUUAUAGCAAGAAUUUUGAUUUCAAUAUCUUCACAAUUAGUUCACUGGCAUUUUUUCCUUUAUGUUAAUAAUAUUAUAGUUAAUACGAAUAUUAAGCUAAACGAAUAAUUAAUUUAAUUAUGCCGAAAAUUGUUUUGCAUUUAAAAAAAGAUGAUAAGAUACUUAUUUAAAAUUUUAAAAAUCUACUAUUUUUGUGUUCUUUUUAAUUUUUGCAAACAGAAAUUUAAAUUCUUUUUUUAUAUUACUUAAUCGCUUAAGAAAUGAUUU